GCCUUCACUGAGCUACAACAUAAAUGGCUGGAGACAAGUCAAAAGUUGAAGCUGGCCGAUAUGCAAAUUGAAAAUUACAAGAGGUCCAGACAGCACGCAGACUUAACAACACGGGAGUUGAAGGGUCUAUCAUCUGACACAAACACGUACGAAAGUAUCGGACGAAUGUUUGUCUUGACUGAAAUUCCAGUUGUCUGUAAAAAUUUAUCCGACAAAAUCUCUACAUGCGAAGAAAAAAUCAAAACUCUACAGAGUAAUAAGGAGCUAUUGGAACGCAGUUUGAAAGAUAGCGAAAACAAUCUUCGUGAAAUGGUGCAGCAAAGGAAAGAAGCAUCGCAAGAAACAUGAAUUUCGUUUCAAUUUCAAAGACUGUCAAUAAUAAAUCAGUGAUGGCUUCAGUGAUUGUUCAGCGAUUUUAAUUGAAUUCAUCGAGAACAAUUGGAAUUCAGUAUUCAUUUAAUUCUCAUCUUCCUGUAAUAUCACUCAUAAUCUGUUGCUAAUACUUCAGCACACAAUUAUUUAAUUGGUUUAAAAGCUUUUCUCCGGUUUUUAUUUUUUAUUUGUUUACUAAUAUCAUCAUUUAAUUUACUAAUAAUAAAUGUAUUGCUUAUGAAACAGACAUUUCGACAUAGUUUCUAAUAAUAUCUUAGUUAUUCUUAUCUGCCUACGAUUUCUUUGAAAACAAUGCUCUUAAUAAUUAUUUGAUAGAAUAACGCUUUUUUUAUUGAGAUUGUGUUUCAUAUUGAAUGAUGUUCUGAUAAACCUCUUAUAAUUUUCAAAAAAAUCUUUGUGGAAAUUAUUAAUAAAAUUUUAAUAAAGUA